AUGACUGAGCUUCCGCCCCCAGAGCCGUUACAUUUCGGGGAUAAUGUGGCGGAGAACUGGAUUCGGUUCAAGCAGCGAGUCGAGCUGUACUUCACCGUCACAGAAUCCUCGGAACCGGGAAAGCAACGCAGCCCCGCCCAGAAAGCCGCCAUCUUGCUUCACCUGGCGGUCCAAGAGGCGAUCGAUGUUUAUAACACUUUCGACCUCACUGGAGAAGAAAAGCAGGACUACGACAAGUUAGUCCAAGCAUUCGAGGCUUACUGCUUACCUCAGAGCAACGAGACGUUCGAGCGCUACGUGUUCCGGAGCCGCACGCAGACCGAAGGUGAGCCUUUCGAGCAGUUCUAUCGGGACCUGCUACUGAAAUCGAAGAGCUGCAACUUUGAGAACCUCCGGGAGUCGAUGCUGCGUGACCAAAUAGUGUACGGCACAUCUAGUAAAGCGUUGAGAGAAAAGCUUCUAGCCAAAAAAGACUUGACGCUCAGCACAGCUGUGGAGUGGGCCAAGGCUGAGGAAAUCGCUGCCGCACAAACCAAAGCGUGGAGUGAAACCAAGAGCGUAGACGCAAAAGCAAGCACGGCCGAUCGGCGCGACUGGGAGGUUGCGACUCAGAUUUCGGGACGAGAAGUGCGGCUGAAAGUAGACACCGGCGCGCAGGCCAACCUGCUGCCGCGCGGUGUGUUUGACGCCCUGGGAACCAAGUGCCAACCGCAGCCGGCCCGAGCAAUACUGCGCAGCUACGGCGGUGAUGAAAUAGUGCAUAUGGGGAAGGUAUGCCUCCCAGUUCAGAUUGGAGAAGACACCAAGAUAGUGGAAUUCUUUGUUGUGAAGGAAGGUCGGCAGGCGAUCUUAGGACUGCACGCUUGCGAGCAGUUUGGUCUCGUGAACAGAAUUAGAGCAGUCAACAAGGAUGACUUAUCCGAGUGCAUUCGCAGAGAGUAUCCGAAGUUGUUUACGGGCAUCGGACUACUGAAGCGAGAAUACAGUAUGGCGCUCCAAGACGGCGCCCGCCCAGUCGUCGAGCCGGCGCGACGUGUACCUCACGCAAUUCGACCCCGGUUGAAAGAGGAACUUGAUCGCUUGGAGGCAGCGGGGAUCAUAGCCAGGGUGCGGGAGCCUUCUGACUGGUGGGAGCAGCACUUCUUCAGUAGCAUGGUACCGAGUGGCAACCGGUCGGCUAUGCGUCAAGAGUUUUGA